UGACUUGCAAAACUCCCAGGCCAUGAGCUGAUCCUGAGGCUGAGAGGACGUUCAUUCUUCAACAAAAGCCAUGAAAUCCAUGAAUUAAGAUCAGCUUUGAUAAAGGAAAUUACGGCCCCUGGUCCCCCUACCUUUGUUGAGAGAUUUCCGCCCUUACCACCAUGAAGUCGUCAAUACUCUGUGCCAGCUUGUUGUGCCUCAUAUUGACCAUCCCUUUGAGUCUUUGUGCGACAAGAUAUCAACCUAACUGGGAUUCCAUCGAUUCGAGACCAAUACCAGCAUGGUACGAUGAGGCAAAGUUUGGGAUCUUCAUGCAUUGGGGGGUGUACUCUGUUCCAAGCUUCUUCAGCGAAUGGUUUUGGUACCGAUGGAAGGGGGACAAACCGUAUUCCCUGGUGAUAGACUUCAUGAAGAAGAAUUACCGACCCGGUUUCACCUACGCAGACUUUGCCCGAGACUUCACGACCGAGUUCUUUGAUCCUGCUCAGUGGGCAGAAAUCAUCAAGGCUUCUGGGGCAAAGUAUUGUGUUCUGACGAGCAAGCAUCACGAGGGAUUUACUAACUGGCCUUCGAAUUCUUCCUGGAACUGGAACUCUAUGGAUGUAGGACCAAAAAGAGAUCUUGUUGGGGAACUUGCAGCCGGUAUCCGCAACAAUACGGACGUCCACUUUGGCCUGUACUACUCCCUCUUUGAGUGGUUCAAUCCCCUGUUUCUCAAAGACAAAGCCAAUGGCUUCACUACUACAGAAUACAGAGAUAGAGUUCAAAGCCCAGACCUGUAUGACCUAGUGAAUCGGUACAAGCCAGAGGUCAUAUGGACAGACGGGUCCGGAACAGCUAACAGUGAUUACUGGAAGAGCACAGAAUUCCUUGCUUGGCUAUACAAUGACAGUCCAGUGAAGGACACUGUAGUGGUUAAUGAUCGUUGGGGUGAUGAUUGCCCUUGCAAGCAUGGAGGCUACUACACUUGCCAUGAUCGUUAUGAUCCAGGUGUUCUUCAGAAACACAAAUUUGAAGAUGCCAUGAGUGUGACCAAAGGAGGGUGGGGUUAUGCACGAGAGAAGCCCCUCAGGAGCUAUCUGACUGCACCAGAGCUUCUAGUACACUUGAUACGAGUCGUCAGCUGUGGAGGAAAUCUACUGCUCAACAUUGGUCCAACCCACGAUGGUCGGAUCAUGCCAAUCUUUGAGGAGCGGCUUCGUCAGAUUGGAUCGUGGCUGAAGGUCAACGGCGAGGGCAUCUACUCUUCAAGGCCAUGGAGAAAACAGAAUGAUACUGUUACUCCCAACGUUUGGUACACCACGAGUCCCAAGACUAAAGCAGUGUAUGCUUUCCUCCUGGAGUGGCCGGUGAAUAAUCUUGUCUACCUGAGGGACCCAGUUGUGACCUCUACCAGCACCGUUUCCAUGUUGGGUCACGAUGCGCCCCUGAAAUGGACGGUAGGAAACCAUGGGAGGGGGAUGAAUGUUACCCUUCCGCUCCUCAAUCCAGCCACGAUGCCCUGUGACUGGGCAUGGACGUUGAAAUUAGGGGGAGUGGAGUGAUUUCAUACCCCUUAAAUUGGACAGUUGGUACUGGUAGGAGAGAGAUAAAUGUUACCAUUACUAUCCUCACUCGCUAGGAUUGGACAUUGAAAUAAGGAGUAGAGUGGUCUUGUACCCCUUAAAUUGGACAGUAGGUACUGGUAGGAGGGGGAUGAAUGUUCCCCCCUACUCCUCACUCCUGCCAUGGCGCCCAAUGACUGGGCGUGGUCAUUGAAAUUAGGAGUCGAGUCAUCUUUGGACUCUUUAUAUCUCCAUUUUUCAUACUCUGCCUUGUAGAGAACUGCCUUCAUUUCGUCAACUAAUGCUCUAACUCUUUCACUCUUAUCACGAUUCCUUGCACUAAUCAUGAUGCUAACAAUAAUGAUCAUACUGGCUAUUAUGUAACAUUAAUAUCUGUUGUAAUAGGUGACACAACAUUUGCUCCUGCGACAGUUGCUCCGGUCUUCACGUCUCAGGGGGCAUAGGUUAGAGUUAGAAUCGUAAACAAAUUUUUUUUCAGAAAAAUGUAAAGAUAAUGAUUAGGGUUUAUUUAAUUUUGGAGGUUGGGUUUUAUGUUUGGCUUAACUUGCAGAUUUUCCAUCAGAGCAAAUGUCAUGAAACCGUUUUAAUAAGGUUCUACGUGUGGGAAACUAUUCCAGUGUAUUUCGUUCCGUUAUCCGUGAUAUAUAAUUGUAAUUGUCAGUAUAAUUUAAGAAAAAUGAAUUUAUCAGUAUUAUAGAAAUAAGAUUGUCAGUAUCAUAAAAAAAAACCUUAUAAUCUAAAUCAGCCGAUUCAUUUAUUUUUUACAAAAAGUUAUUUAUUCCUACUACAUACAGAAAAAUAUUGUAAGGUAUUUUUUUUUUUUUAGUAUUAACAAAAUAUAAUGGAAAUCAGCUGAAAUGAUAAAUAAUUUUCCCAACUCUGUAUUAUGUAAUACUUUGACUUUCUUUCUCAAGUAAUGUAAAAUAAAAUGAAUGAACUGCCAUCUUUAUAGAGGAGCAAUGUGGCUCAGUGGAACAGUCUCCUGACUUUGAAAUAGGGGGUUGUGGGUUCGAAUCCCAGCCAUGAGGUUAUUUCCUACAGCAAGAUAUUGAUCCAUUUUGUGCUGCACUCAACCCGGGCAAUCAGAAAAUUUGUAAAGGCUUGCCGGGUUCAAACCAGGUUAAUAGUAUCCAAGGAAGCGAAUAGAGGUGUUAGGUGAUAUGAGAUACAUAUAUGUAUUCUCUAUGCAAGAAGAUGAAUAUUACUUCAUGUAUUUUUAUUCUUAUUAUUAUUAUUAUGAAAUAGUCCAGUACAUUUGCAAAAAACUUUUGGGAGCCGCUCUCAUAUGUAUUUCUCUAAAUUUUGUUGUCAUUUUCAUACAAUAUUUGCCUCGUACAUGUUACUUUUCUUUAAUGCCUUGAUGCUAUGAAUACCGGGUAUGUGUGCCUGUUCUUAGAUAGCAGUACAUCAUCCAAGAUAUUGGAAAUUCAAAUAGAUUCCAAGUGUGACUUGGGAGAGGACAAAAAAUAUGCAAUAUAUUGUUUUAGAUAUAAGUGUGCUAUCAAUUUCAAUGCAAAGAGGCUGAAAAACUGAAUCGUCAAAAUAUGUUGUCAGUGUUCAAGUAAGAAGUGAUAUGUUUGAUAAACAUGAAGUCGUAUAUU